CCUACUUGAACGUUAUGAACAAUGUAUUCGAAAAUCAUCUUCACGUACUUAUACGAUAUAAAUUGCUCAUCUCGUUCAUCGUAAGUUUACCCGUAAGGUUCAUUACGCGUUCGCAGGUAGAAAUAACUUAGUUUUCUGUGUACGUACCAAGUGGAAAACUCCGGUUUUCAUUUUCAAUCAAAUAAUUUCAUUCGGAUUAAAACAACGAAGACAGAAGUGAAUCUGAAUCGUAUGAUACAGUAAUUUUCAUUUACAUUAUUUACAAAUAAAAUUACUGUGGUACCGUUAAGCUCACGUACAUUUCACGGACUAUAGGCAAUAGGUACCUAUACUGUUGUUGGUUGACGUCUGUUCUUCUUGCUAUACGUGAAGGUGCUCGCGACUGAUCGACAUUUACUCGUAUUUGUCAAUAGAUAAUUGACUCUAUCAAACCAAUCGUGUUGAAGCCGAAUUACUUUUCGCGUUCUCCAAGCUUCUCUACUGGUUCAGUUUUAGAUAUACCUAGACCUACUAAAGUACAUACAUAAUGUCGAACAGUAGCCCACAGAAGUUCAACGCGAAAUUACUCUGGGAAAUCGAUCAAUUUUCAAACGUAUGUGCUGAAGGACAAAGUAGCAGAUUAAAAUCCAAGCCGUUCUACAAUUGCGAAGAGGAUAGUAUUUUAAAGUGGCAUUUGGUGCUUACACCUUCUGGUAAUGGUCCUAACGACAGUGUUUUUUUCGAGCUAUGUUGCGAUUCAGUCACCCCUGUCGAAAAAUACACUGCUCUAAGCGGAGAUGUAGAAAUUGCAUUCAUAGGAAAUUCGUUACCACUUACUGGAACCCGAAAAACUUGGUUCCAUAUUGCCUCCGUUGACGACAACAAAUUGCAUGGAGUACCGUUUCAUUUCAACUUCUCUGAGUUAGAUCAAAUGACGUUUGAGAAUAAAAUCAGUAUUUCUUGUAAAGUUGGUUACACGAGAAAAGAUAUUAUGGACCGGAAUUUGGUCGAACUUGACAAAUGUAGCCUGUCACGUGAUUUCGAACAGAUUCAAACCGAUCAAUAUCUCAGUGAUGUGACUAUCUCGGUGAAAGGUAAAGAUUACAAAGCCCAUAAAGUGAUUUUGGCCGCUCGCAGUUCGGUUUUCAAAUCCAUGUUCAGAACUGAUAUGCAAGAAAGCAAGGGAAAUCACAUCACCAUUACAGAUAUAAACGAAGACGUUUUUGAUGAAAUGUACAACUUUAUUUAUACUGGAAAGACGAAAAAUUUAGAAGUAUUAGCCUUCGAAUUACUACCCGCAGCGGAUAAAUACGAUCUCGAAGAAUUGAAAAAUGCGUGCGGACGAAUUCUGCUGAGAAAAUUAUCCGCUCAGAAUGUGGGCAAGAUUUUAAUACUCGCAGAUAUGCAUAAUGUAGAAGAAUUGAAGAAAAACGCUCUAAGGUUCAUUAAAGCGAAUAAAACCGAUUGCGAGGAAUUCACGAAUAAAAAUAGUGAUUUUUGGAACGAUUUGAUGUCUCGUCCGAUGCUGAUGAAAGAUUUAGUAUGGUAUUUGAAUUUUAAUACCGAAAGUUUUAAUCGUGAUGAGGCAUAAGUGUCUGAAAUUUUUAGUACCAGUUGAGUGAGUUGUGGUAAUACGAACCUCUCCAUUGCUGUUGCGAGUAGGUAUCAGAAAAGCGUUCAAAUUUAUUUUUAUUUUUUUAAAUGCAACUCUCCCUCAAAUUUGACGUCCUAGUUUUAAAUCUGUUCUAAGGUGCUGUUUUUUUGUCACACCUCCACAUAUCGAACUUAUUUAAUAGUUAACAGAGGGGUAGGUAAAAAUUUUUUAGAUUUGUACAAAAAGUUCAAAAAUUUGUUUCAUAAGCUAUUUAUAUCAAGUUGAUUAAAAAUGCAUAAUUUUAGAUAAAUUGAAAUGAAAUCCACUAUUUUUAAACAAAUAAAAUUUGUAA